AUGCCUCGCCUCCACCUCCUAAGCCUAGGCAUCUUCAUCACCAGCGUCCUGGCAAUGACGCUCCCACAACCCGCCGCACCGGCAGACACCACCCCGGAGGCGCCAACCCCGACCAUACCCUCCUACACGGUCGAGUACGGCAACGACAGCUACCAGGCCUGCGGCUACUUCCGAGGGGGCCAGAUGCGUUGCCCGGAGGACCACGUCUGCAUCGACAACCCGCGCCCGUCCUCAUGCGGUCAGGCCUGCGAUGACCAUGGCGUUUGCGUCAAGCGGGACGCCGCGCGGUGUGGUCAGGGCUUCGCCGCCUGCGCCGACGGCGGACGCUGCCGCCCUGCCGUCUUUGAGUGCGUCUCGCCCACCGACGGCAGCCUGAAUGGCGGUUGCGCGAGCCUCUGCUUCCCCGACUACUGGAACGGUGAGCCGGACCGGGAGGUCUUCUGA